ACUCGGGGCUUGGCUUGCAUGACGUCCUGUGCUUCUCCUCUGCCAAUGAACAGUCAUUAAGGCUGGAGCCCAAACAUUUUACUACACAGCUCCAGAGCCCGUAUGAGAGGAGGGUGUCUGCCCAGCCAGGAUAUACAAAGGAUUGUCCUCAACAGGUUUAAGCAACUAUUCCGUUGAAUUGGAGUGCAGCCCCAUUGGCAUACAAUGCAGACACAACUCACCGUUUCACUCUUGCUCUUCGCCACUUGUCAAUGCCUUCCAUUCUACAAUGGAUUCUACUAUGAUCACAUCCUAAAUAACAUCUCUAGCAAUGGAAAUGGAGAAGCAAUUCACUUCAAUGGUGUGAAGCUUGUGGUUUAUACACCAGAAGAUGACCUCUUUGGUUAUCGUGGAGGUAACAUUACACUUCCAUGUUCGUUCCACUAUGAGCCAGCAUUACAGUCACCGAGAAGAUUUCGUGUUAAGUGGUCCAAGCUGCACAAAGAUAACACCAAGGAGAAGGAUGUGCUGGUGGCAAUCGGUUUAAGGCAGCGUAGCUUUGGAGAAUACAAAGGUCGGGUUCACUUGCGCCAGCGUGUUCCAGAUGAGGUUUCUCUUGUCAUUACUGAUUUGCGCCUGGAGGAUCAUGGAAAGUACAAGUGCGAAAUCAUUGAUGGGCUUGAAGAUGAAAGUGGCAUUGUAGAACUGGAAUUAAGAGGUGUUGUAUUUCCAUAUCAGCCUCAUCAUGGACGCUACCAGCUCAAUUUCCACGAUGCCAAAAAAGCCUGUGAGGGACAAGACUCUAUGAUGGCUUCAUUUGAACAGCUCUAUAAAGCCUGGGAGGAGGGUCUGGAUUGGUGCAAUGCUGGAUGGAUAAGGGAUGGCACUGUCCAGUAUCCCAUCACCUUACCCAGAGAACCUUGUGGUGGAAAGGACACUGCACCUGGGGUGAGGAACUAUGGAGAACGUCACAAACAUUUGCACAAAUUUGAUGCUUUCUGCUUUUCUUCUGCUUUGAAAGGAAAGGUUUACUACCUAGAGCACCCUGACAAGCUCACGUUUGCUGAAGCCAAAGAAGCGUGUGUGCAAGAUAACGCUAAGAUUGCCAAAGUUGGUCAGCUCUUUGCCGCCUGGAAGUUCCAGGACUUUGAUCGAUGUGAUGCUGGAUGGCUGGAUGAUGGCAGCAUUCGAUAUCCCAUUGCCUUCGCCCGGCUUAACUGUGGACCUCCGGAACCUGGUGUUCGAAGCUUUGGAUUCCCAGAGAAACAUAAUAAAUUUGGAGUAUUUUGCUACAAAAUGAGCUAAACACUUGGUAGCAUCACCACCAGGACAGUUUGAUCAUCUACCUAGAGCAGAACUUUUUUGCC